GGUAACUAAAUGACCAUGGAAUCUGGAGCAGAGAACCAGCAGAGUGGAGAUGCAGCCGUUACAGAGGCAGAAACCCAACAGAUGACAGUACAGGCACAACCACAGAUUGCAACGUUAGCCCAGGUAUCUAUGCCAGCAGCUCACGCAACGUCUUCUGCGCCCACGGUGACCUUAGUUCAGCUGCCCAAUGGGCAGACGGUUCAAGUGCAUGGAGUAAUUCAGGCUGCCCAGCCGUCAGUUAUUCAGUCUCCACAGGUCCAGACAGUUCAGAUCUCCACUAUAGCAGAAAGUGAAGAUUCACAGGAAUCAGUAGACAGUGUCACAGACUCACAGAAACGAAGAGAAAUUCUUUCCAGACGACCCUCCUACAGAAAAAUUUUGAAUGACUUGUCCUCAGACGCCCCAGGAGUGCCAAGGAUCGAAGAAGAAAAGUCUGAAGAGGAAACGGCAGCACCUGCCAUCGCCACUGUUACGGUGCCAACUCCCAUUUACCAAACCAGCAGUGGGCAGUACAUUGCUAUUACCCAAGGAGGAGCAAUACAGUUGUCUAACAAUGGCACAGAUGGAGUACAAGGUCUCCAGACGUUGACUAUGACCAAUGCAGCUGCAACCCAACCUGGCACCACCAUUUUACAAUAUGCACAGACCACAGAUGGACAACAGAUACUUGUACCCAGCAACCAAGUUGUCGUACAAGCUGCCUCAGGAGAUGUGCAGACCUACCAGAUUCGCACCGCCCCUACCAGCACCAUUGCACCAGGCGUAGUCAUGGCAUCCUCUCCAGCACUUCCAACUCAGCCAGCAGAAGAGGCCGCACGGAAGAGAGAAGUGCGUCUAAUGAAGAACAGAGAGGCAGCACGUGAAUGUCGCAGGAAGAAAAAGGAGUAUGUGAAAUGUCUAGAAAAUCGAGUGGCUGUGCUUGAAAACCAAAACAAGACACUGAUUGAGGAGUUGAAAGCACUUAAGGAGCUUUACUGCCACAAAUCAGAUUAAUUUUGGAUUCCCGUUUUCACUUGUCCAGGUGGGAUAGAGACUGGUUCUGGCUAUACCCAGAAAGACAAAGUAAACUUUUUAUUUUCUAAACAUUUCUUUUUUUCUAUGCGCAAAACUGCCUGAAGCAACUACAGAAUAUACUUCAUCUGUGCUUUGCAUCAAACUGUGAAUGUUCAAGUACUUGCCUCCUCUUCUCCCCCUACAAGAUUAUUUUCAUCAUCAAUCUCAGCGUGAAGAAGAAGAACAGGCUUCUUUCUCGUCUCGCCAUCCUCUUCAAGGAGUAACAGUGGUCACUUGAGAAGUUACUGUGGGGAGGGUCCUUUUGUAAUGAUUUCAAGAAUUUGUGCUGAGCUCUUUCCAUUGCCUUAGAGACAGAAUCACCCCAGCCUCUUGGUCCAGAGAACUGUGGGCCACAUACAUGGAGCAUGCAUGGUGCAAUGAGGAAGCAAUGGUUGCCAAAUUGGUUUUACAUAUUCAUUAUGAACUAUAAAAAUACACGGUUAAGUGGCAUGCCAAAUGAAAGGCGCUUCACAGUCAUGUUCUUGGUGUGGAGAUAACAUACCUUUUUCAAACUAGCCCAGGAGCGGUUUUGAUUUGUAAUGUGUAUUAAGCCCUCCUGGACUAGUAAAAACUUCUCCAUACCUCAGAAACAAAUGCAUUGAAAUGAGCUUCACUGGUCAGUUGUUGCUUCUCGAAGCUUAUUUAUGCAAGUGUGUUCAGCAUUCUGAAUGCACAAAAAGCAAACAUCAACUUCAUAGGAUAUUGGUUGGGAAAUGAUAUUUGGAUGGGAAAGGAAUAAAAAAAGUACAAUAGUGACAUUUAGAAAACAGUCACGUAGUAAGCGAGGGUAACACAUGAAAGCACUACCUAUUUGUGUGCAGAAAAACUAAGCAGUUGAAGCAUGGCCAACUCCACGUUAUACUCCCUGACGACAGUAUAGUCUGUGUCCCAAGUCCUCUCAAGCAAUGAGAUUAUUUCUAUUUCCCUACCACUAUCUUAUGUAAUGGAAAUUAUUGUACUCAAUGGAGACAUCAGCUUGGUUUGCUAGAUUCUUUUUCAAACUUUGAGGCUGCCUUCCAUGCAUAAAUUAAAUUGCAGUAUGACAACUACCAGGACAACCUCAAAUAUUGAAGAGGACUUCAAACACAAAUAUUCCAACUUCUGCUUCGCGAGGGACAACAUUAAUUCUUUGAACCUGGGCAGGGUAGCUAAAUUCUCAAUUUAUUCGGAGGAUUUUUUCAUGUAAAGGGUCGGAUUUACCGAGUAGUUUAUUCCUGUAAGUAAAAUUACUCCUGUGCCUCAGACAUUUGCAAGAUCAGUGUUUUUGUGUGCACUGAGGAAAUGUGAUCUUUCCCAGAUUUACAUUGUUAAAAACAACUUUGUACUAAGUGUUAGGACUUCAGAAGAAUCAUGCUCAAAAAGAACCAAAAAAGAAUGUCAAGAAGUUGUCAAAAAAAAUGUGUCAAAAAGAAUCAUGUGCAGUUUGUUUACUGGCCCUCUGAAGCCAGUCUCUUGAUACAUUAACUUGGAUCAUUUGAUGAAGUAAGUUUACUUUGGGCUUAUGGUCAAACUUUUAUGUAUAGAGACAUAUGAAUAAGACUGAUCUGUACUAAUGCCUUGCCUAGCGAAGUAUUAGCUAAUACUGUUUUCCCAUUCGCUCUAUCUGUUUUUAAGAUAAAUUGCAAACAUGAGCUUCUAAAAGGUUAUACAAUCAAUGUGAUGUUAUACGAAGAACAUUUGGAAGACUCUGGGCAGUUGAGUCUCAAACAGCUAAGCAGUAUUAAAAGUUCUAGUUUUCUCAUUUGAGAGGGCAUUCAGUUUCCAAGAGACUUUAAAAGCAGCAGGGUUAAACUUGUAGCAUUAUUGUUAAAUUUAGAGUUACCAAUAACUUCAAAUUAUGUUUGUAUUUCAAGAAGAGAACAUAAGUAUCAAAAUUAUGAAAGAAUUCAUUUUCACAAGUGUUGAGGAGGUUUAUAAAUGGUCUAUUUUUAUCUGCCAUAGAGAAUUGAUUUUCAUGUUUUUA